GAAUACUAAAAAAUGCCUUACAAUUGUUCAGUGUACAACUGUAAUUCCACCACCAAGACGACACAAUAUAAAUUUCAUUCGUUUCCGAGAGAGGCAAAAGAAAAACGAUCUUGGUUAAAUGCGAUCAAAUCAGGAAAACAGCCCUCAAAGCAUGCAAAGGUGUGUGAGAAACAUUUUCGAAAUGAUGACUACGUUGUGACUAGUUUAGGUCAAUGGAAAAUACUUAAGAAAAGUGCAAUUCCAUCACAAAAUUUGCCAAGGAGCUCUCAUCAUCUAGAGAAACGUGAUUCUACUGCAAGAAGUGAAAGAUAUUUGUCAAGGCAUACUCAAAAGAUUGUAACCGACAAUGACAAACAUAAUGUCAAUCGUGACAAUGAAAUAGUUGACAUUAUCGCAGAAGAUGUAGAAGAACAAGUUGAAGUGGAAAGAAGUGGCACACAUCAUGCGCAAAUUCAAACGAUCAUUAGUCUUAAGCGAUCCCAAUUAAUAUCCGCAAGUUUCAUAGAUGAGGCUCAAAUGAAACACAUGACGGGAUUUUCCAGAAAAUUACAAAUCAACUUCUGGGAUUUAAAAACGUGUAAGCACGGCCAGUACACGAUAGUCUUGGAUUGUACGGAAUUUAGAAUCGAACGCAGUGGUGAUCCUCUAAUACAACAAGCUACAUACUCUAGUUACUAUGGAACAAAUACUUUCAAGGUACUGAUUGGUGGAACGGAAAAUGGAGAAAUUGCCUUUGUGUCAGAUGUGUAUGGGGGUUCUAUUACUGAUCGCAAAAUAUCACAUAUAUCGGGCAUACUUGAUCUUUUGAAGGAAGCAGAUUACGUUUUGGCUAACCGAGGAUUUGACAUAUCAGAUCUUUUGGAAGAAAA